CACGGCCGUAACCACGGGUGGAGGCUGGCGGCAAGAUGCAAUCUGUGAAGAGGAGGAAGAUGUCACCUCCACUGCAUCAGAAUCAGAAGCAGAGGCAUAUAGAGGUGCCACGCAUGUCGCCCGAUGAGAGGGAGCAGCUUGCCGGUCGCCUGGCCUCGCUGGCGGCGGUGCCAGGCCACAUCGUGGAGUUCCUGCAGCAGCAGUUCGGUGGCGGCGCUGAUCCCGAAGGUGAGAUCGAGAUCGACGUCCUCAAAGUGGAAGACUCUGUCUUGUUCGAGUUGAAAACGCGGCUGGACAAGUUCGCCGAGGAAAGCCUCAUCGCGGAUGCGGGUUUCCUCCCCAAGGAAGAGCACGGCUCCGUGACGAUGGAGGUGAUCAGAAGCGACGCCAUCCCGGAGCAGGACGAAGAGGACGUCGACAUCUGCGGCGCGUCUGAUUCAGACUCCGACAGCAGCAGUAGCUCAAGCAGCGAUUCCGACGGGAGCAGCUCGGGCAGCGAUUCCGACGAGGUCGUGAGCGGCCGAGCCCCACCGGCGGUUCUUCUUCCCGAGGAGAACGGGACCUCCGCGCAGCCGCCGCCGGACCCAGCACCAGAGGCGUCGCAGAGCACCGAUCCGGAGAGCGUCCCCGACGACGGCGCUGGCAGUACAGCUCCACCUGCUCUUCUUCCUGAGGGCGGUUUGCCUUGCCGGCGCGAUCUACAGGGCGAAGGUCCGCCGGGAGCUGAUGGAGAUGGAGAGGGCGGUGCAGCCAAACGAGAGCAUCCACCCAGAGGUCCUGCAGCGCCUGUGCAUCGCCGAGUAUGGCCGUCCCGGCAUCAUGCGGCAGCUCGGGCUCUUCCUCAAGGCCGACGCGUAGUCCUGCAGCCUAAGCAGGCAGGACUGCAGGAGCAGGAUAGAUAAGCUGUAGAACUGAGCUGUCUGAAAUCUCUGAACAUGCCAGUAGUUAUUUGUCUGAUGCGCUGUAGGUUAGAGAGAAGGUGCCAUGCACUGAUGGUGUGCUCAGUUAUGUAUUGUGUGUAAUGGGCAUGUCUGAUAUACUAUUUGUCUGUGUAAUGUAACGUGAACAAAAUUUCUUCA